UUACUGAAUUUUAUUUUAUAUUUUUUUGUGCCCGUAAGCAUUACUGACAAUUACAGUUCGAGCUCUGGUCCCAGAGCCACCAUGGGAAGAUUUGAGUUUAUCUCAUGCAAGCUGCAACCCAUCACACGGACCGCCUUGUGCAGCCUAUCUUGGAGGAGGUCCCGGGUGUGCCCACGCUCUGUUUCAAGCAUAAAAUCCCCUCGGUUUCGGAUGAUCGCAGCAUUCAACAAAUAGUCAGACAAAGGCAAAGAUGACCAGUCUCACUGCCAAGGACAAGGACGUAAUCAGGGCCUUCUGGGCUAAAGUGUCCGGAAGGGCGGAGGACAUCGGCAAAGAUGCUCUGGCCAGGAUGCUGGUGGUGUACCCGCAGACCAAGACUUACUUCGCCCACUGGAAGGACCAGAGCCCCAACUCUGCCGAGGCGAAGAAGCACGGAAUCACCGUGAUGUCUGGAGUUGGCGAGGCUGUGUCCAAACUCGACGACCUGAAAGGGGGUCUCCUGAACCUCAGUGAGCUGCAUGCCUUCACUCUGAGAGUGGACCCUGCUAACUUCAAGAUCAUCUCCCACUGCAUCCUUGUGGUCUUUGCCAUCAUGUUCCCCAACGAAUUCACCCCUGAGGUCCAUGUGUCUAUGGACAAGUUCCUGGCUUCUCUGGCUCUGGCCCUGGCUGAGAAAUACCGAUAAACAGCAGGAGAAGAUGACAGAGACUGCAGCA